GCGUCUGUCUCGCCAGGUUCCCGGGCGCGGGAGGAAGGCCCGCGCCGCUUCCCACCCGGCGCGCUUCUCUUCCAGUGCGCAGUGGCCGGGACUGAGCAGCUAGGCGCGAGCGAAAACAAACAGCUGGGGCUGCGAGCGCCCCCGCCCCGGCCCCGAGAUCACGCCGGCCCCGGCCCCCAUCCCGGGCGCCCGUCUGUCCACCAUGAGGAAGAUCCGCGCCAAUGCCAUCGCCAUCCUGACCGUAGCCUGGAUCCUGGGCACUUUCUACUACUUAUGGCAGGACAACCGAGCCCACGCAGCAUCCUCCAGCGGCCGGGGGGCGCAGAGGGCCGGAGGGAGGCCGGAGCAGCUCCGCGAGGACCGCACCAUCCCGCUCAUUGUGACAGGAACUCCCUCGAAAGGCUUUGAUGAGAAGGCCUACCUGUCGGCCAAGCAGCUGAAGGCCGGAGAGGACCCCUACAGGCAGCAUGCCUUCAACCAGCUGGAGAGUGACAAGCUGAGCCCGGACCGGCCCAUCCGGGACACCCGCCAUUACAGCUGCCCGUCUAUGUCUUACUCCUCGGACCUGCCAGCCACCAGCGUCAUCAUCACCUUCCAUAAUGAGGCUCGCUCCACCCUGCUGCGCACGGUGAAGAGUGUCCUGAACCGAACUCCUGCCAGCUUGAUCCAGGAGAUCAUUUUAGUGGAUGACUUCAGUUCAGAUCCGGAAGACUGUCUGCUCCUGACCAGGAUCCCCAAGGUCAAGUGCCUGCGAAACGACAGGCGGGAAGGGCUGAUCCGGUCCCGAGUGCGUGGGGCGGACGUGGCCGCAGCUACUGUCCUCACCUUUCUGGACAGCCACUGCGAAGUGAACACGGAGUGGCUUCAGCCCAUGCUGCAGCGGGUGAAGGAGGACCAUACCCGCGUGGUGAGUCCCAUCAUUGAUGUCAUCAGUCUGGAUAAUUUUGCCUACCUUGCAGCAUCUGCUGACCUUCGCGGAGGGUUCGACUGGAGCCUGCAUUUCAAGUGGGAGCAGAUCCCUCUUGAGCAGAAGAUGACCCGGACAGACCCCACCAGGCCCAUAAGGACGCCUGUCAUAGCUGGAGGAAUCUUCGUGAUUGACAAGUCCUGGUUUAACCACUUGGGAAAAUAUGAUGCCCAGAUGGACAUCUGGGGGGGAGAGAAUUUUGAGCUCUCCUUCAGGGUGUGGAUGUGCGGUGGCAGUUUGGAGAUCGUCCCCUGCAGCCGGGUGGGCCAUGUCUUCAGGAAACGGCACCCUUACAACUUCCCGGAGGGUAACGCCCUCACCUACAUCAGGAAUACCAAGCGCACUGCAGAAGUGUGGAUGGAUGAAUAUAAGCAAUACUAUUAUGAGGCCCGGCCUUCAGCCAUUGGGAAGGCCUUUGGCAGCGUGGCUUCGCGGAUAGAGCAGAGGAAGAAGAUGAACUGCAAGUCCUUCCGCUGGUACCUGGAGAACGUCUACCCGGAGCUCACGGUCCCUGUGAAGGAAGCACUCCCUGGCAUCAUUAAGCAGGGGAUGAACUGCUUAGAAUCUCAGGGCCAGAACACAGCUGGUGACUUCCUGCUUGGAAUGGGGAUCUGCAGAGGGUCUGCCAAGAACCCCCAGUCUGCCCAGGCCUGGCUGUUCAGUGACCACCUCAUCCAGCAGCAGGGGAAGUGCCUGGCUGCCACCUCCACCUUGAUGUCCUCUCCCGGAUCCCCCGUCACACUGCAGAUGUGCAACCCUAGAGAAGGCAAGCAGGUGAGUCUCCUCGCCUCUGGCACAGAGACCCGGCAGCCCCAGGGACCAUGCCUCAGGGUGGCAGACCCUGGCGGGACAGACCCCAGUCAACUCGAAUAAUCCCUGCAGAGCAAGGAUCUGGGGCAGAGGGGGAGCAAAGUCUACAUCUAGAUCAAGCCAGUUA